AUGGCAACAAUUACACUACCUUACUUCGUGCCCUCAAACGAACUUCCACAACCACUUCCAAGCACCGAAGAAAUCCACAAUGCAAAGAAAUAUAAUGAGGAUGGAGCCCAUACCCUUGUUCGAAUUGGGCCUCAUAUGAUCAAGUAUGGUUCUAAUGUCAAUCUCAUAGAAGGGGAGAAUAUGCUAUUUGUCAAUCGCGAAACAAAAUCAACAGUACCAGUGCCUCGAGUAUAUGCCAUUUACGCCACUCUCGGAAGAUGUCGUCGAACGAAUGUCGAAGUAGACACCAACUACAUCACAAUGGAAUACAUUGAAGACGGUCCGUUCGAUACGGAGGAUGAGUUCAAUGAAGCGAUGCGCAGAAAAGCUAUGUUUAAUGGUUAUAUGGGAGAGAGGGUGGAGUUCUAUCGACAUGCAUUUCCUGCUGUGUUCAAGGGCCAUAAACCUGUUUUCACUCAUGGCGAUUUUCAACGGGAGAAUAUCAUGGUCAAAAGAAUACCUUCGCCGGCUUCGGCCGAAGUUCAAGAUUCUAAGGCUAACGAUGAUACCUUUGAGGUGGUUAUUAUUGAUUGGGAAAAUUCGGGAUGGUAUCCAGAGUAUUGGGAGUCGGCCUUAGCUUUGGUUUCAUGUGGACCUUAG